AUGGAGAAUGAGGAGGAAGAGGACAAUAUUUUCACAACCUGGAUGGGAGAAUAUGAGGGUGAAGGAGGUGCAGAAGAACAGGAGGAGCAGGAGGAAGAAGAGACGGUGAGGAAGAGCAGUGUGGACAUACCCAAGUCCUCUCGUUCUUUGGCAACCCGCAGAGCCUCUCUUCCCUGUCCGGCUCAGCUGCAUGCUAUGCAGCUAACCCGUCUGCAUGUCGGAACCAUGGCGCCGAGCCCCGCUCACGUAAAGCACAGAGCUGACAGUGAUCUGAGAACACAGUCACGAUUUCAUCACAGUAGUGUAGAUGAGCAGGGCAGCCACACCAAGUCUGGCAUUCUGGGAAGACGCCCUUCCACCAUCCCAACCAUCCCUGAGGUGAUGGAACCACUGGAAAGGAAAAUGCGCUUCAGAAGUCGCAAUGUUAUGUCACUGAGUGAUGCUGAUAGUAUCUGUCUGAUUUGCCACGAUGACCUGCGGAAAGGUAGCGGUGGAGUUAGAGAGCUACACUGCACACACAGUUUCCACAGUGAGUGUAUAGAGGAGUGGCUCUGGACAAAGCAGUCCUGCCCUACCUGCCGCGUGCACGUGGCCAUGCCAGAACCUCUCUACUGGACGUCUACUCGAGUCAAAGUGCCCUGA